CUAAGGGACCAGGGGUGUCGAUGGUUCAGGCUCAAGAGUCAAGGCUUAGCCGAUGACCACCCCCCUACCCCCCUUCCCAGGACACUAGGCAAGUGCAGGGUCCUGAAUAAGGUACGAGGUCGUAUUGAUUCGCCCAGGUCAUGGAGCGUGGGCCAUGGUCGUGGAGACACAUCCCACCCCCGUCCCAUCCAUCCCAGGGACCAAGUCACCAAGACAAGAGAGAGAGAGCCAUGGCGCGCCUUUGCCCUGGUCUGUCCAUGGUCACCGGUCCUUAGUGCUUGGUGCUACGGAGUACUUGGUCUUGGUACUUGUUGUUGGUGUGGUUGCUACUGUUCUGCCUGGCUGGCCCUGCUUGGUGCUGCUGUGCCUCAUCUCGUCGAGUCUAAGUAAUAAAACCAUCCUCCCCGUUCGUGUGUUUCGAUCGUUCUACCUCGUCCUCACCUACUCAUAUUUUGCUUCCCCACAAGCUUCUACCUCUUGCCUUUUCUUAGCUUACCUGCCAGUCCCUCGUUAAUCGGCAUAGCUUUUCAUUAUUUCCACACUCUCACUCCUCCUCAAACCACUUUCCAGCUUUCAGCUGCUUUAAUACCUGUCAGCAGCCUCUGUUAAAUAUCUCAUCACCUUCGACCCUUUUCUCAUCAAAAUCACUUCUCUCGAUC